AUGCCGCUGGUAAAGGCUUCUGUUGAAGUCAACGAAGAUACCAGGAUCCUGGGAUACGAUCCUCUCCUCUCUCCUCAAUUCCUCCAGACAGAAAUCCGUGCUCCAAAACUAGCUAUUGAAACAGUUCAAUCCGGCCGCAACCAGGCGAUUGAAAUCAUUGAACAGCGCGAUGACCGUCUCCUCGUUGUAUGCGGGCCAUGCUCGAUCCACGACCCAGAUACCGCCCUAGAAUAUGCUAGACGACUGAAGAGCCUCUCCGACAAGCUGAAGUCGGAUCUCUGUAUCAUCAUGCGCGCCUAUUUAGAGAAGCCCCGCACCACCGUCGGGUGGAAGGGCUUGAUCAACGACCCAGACAUCGAUGAAUCUUACAACAUCAACAAGGGUUUACGCAUCUCGAGAAAGCUCUAUGCCGACUUGAACGGCAUGGGCAUGCCCAUCGCCAGCGAAAUGCUGGACACAAUCUCCCCCCAAUUUCUUGCAGACCUGAUUUCUCUGGGCGCCAUUGGCGCCCGAACAACCGAGUCGCAACUCCACCGGGAACUUGCGUCGGGCCUCAGUUUCCCCGUUGGCUACAAGAACGGCACGGAUGGCAACCUAGGUGUUGCCAUCGAUGCCAUUGGUGCCGCUGCAAAUCCACACCAUUUCCUCGGCGUCACGAAGCAAGGAUUAGCCGCCAUCACCAAGACAUGCGGUAACGAGCAUGGCUUUGUGAUACUUCGCGGCGGCACGAAUGGGACUAACUAUGAUGCGGAGAGCAUUAAGGCGGCGCGCCAAGACCUGCGCCAGAAGAAGCAGCGCGAGAUCGUCAUGGUCGACUGUUCGCAUGGGAACUCGAAAAAGAACCACCUCAACCAGCCCAUUGUCGCUCAAUGUGUUGGCAACCAGCUGCGGAAUGGCGAGGAGGCUAUCAUUGGUGUGAUGAUCGAGUCGAAUAUUUAUGAAGGGAACCAGAAGGUGCCGCCGGAAGGUCCGUCGGGCCUCGCCAAGGGUGUCAGCAUUACCGAUGCUUGCAUCAAUUGGGAAAUGACCGUUGAAGUGCUGGAGCAGCUUGCCGAAAGCGUACGCAUUCGCAGGUCCCUUCGCGCUGCGAAUCAGAAUGAUGUCUCGAGUAAUGGGGGAAAUGUCAACGGGCAUACUAAUGGGUCUGCUUGA